CGGAGUGCGGGCUCCACGGUCUCCUCUGCUCCUGGCAUGCUCCCCGCUAUAUAAACCACAACACACGCUGCCUGCACCCGUGUACCCACCUCCUUCGUCCCCGUCCUCUCUCUCCCUCUCUGCACCUAAUCCAGCGCCAAGAGAGAAUACUUUGUUUGCGGAGGUAAUCAUCUGCCAGCCAUAGCCAUGCAGGAAGCGCUCAUCUCUCCGGCCAACGCCGACCGCCUCCGCUCGGCCUUCGAGCUCAAGCCGUACGGAUUCGGGGACCAGCGCCUCUCCUCCUCGCCGCGCUACCUCCCGGGCGGCGACGACGGCCUCUACCGCUGCUCCUCCCCCUUCAGCCCCAGCCUGGGCUUCUCCUCGCCGUCGCCGCUCGCCACGUCCGUCUCGCUCUCGCCGUCCUCGUCCGCCUCCCUCGUCGACGACGGGGACUACGACGGCGCGGCCGCCGCCGACGCCACCGGCCACAGGCUCCAGCUCGCGCGGCUCGCGCUGCAGUACCAGGAGGUGGCCGAUCGCUACGAGCUCUGCCUCUCCCACCUCGCCGAGGCCGUCGACGAGGCGGCGAUCCUCCGCCGCGAGAACGCCGAGCUCCGCGUGGCCAACAGCGACCUCGCGCGCCGCGUCGCGCUGCUCGGUGGCAAGGAGACCGCCGCCGUCGUCAUCGCUGACGAGAUACGCCGGUUCCGCCUCGGCGAGCACAAGGGUGCUUCCAAGCAGCGCGCGCCCGAGAAGCUCGCCGUGCUGCCGAAGAGCAUCUCCGUCCGUUCGAAUGACUACCUCAAGAUGAACCAGGCCGCCCCGGCAGCCGCCACGCCGGCGGCGUACAACCGCAAGCCGAGCUCGCAGCGCGCGUACUCCGGACUGGGAGCGGACGGCGGCAAGAAAGGCGAGGAGCAGAAGAGCAAGCAGGACGCGGCGGGGGAGCUGGACGUGUACAACCAGGGCAUGUUCAAGACGGAGCUGUGCAACAAGUGGGAGGAGACGGGGGCGUGCCCCUACGGCGACCAGUGCCAGUUCGCGCACGGCGUCUCCGAGCUGCGCCCCGUCAUCCGCCACCCGCGGUACAAGACCGAGGUCUGCCGCAUGGUGCUCAACGGCGAGGUCUGCCCCUACGGCCACCGCUGCCACUUCCGCCACUCGCUCACCGCCGCCGAGCGCCUCCUCCGCAGCCGUUGAGGCAGUGCGCGUCUCUUCCGCCACAGUCUGAACCCCUUUUUACCGUCUCAAAUCAAGCCUACGCAUACCUCAACAGCCCAGGGGAAAAUGUACAAAAAUUACCAACGGCGUAAAUAAGAUAUAUGUAUUAUAAGUGCUGUAUAAUAUAAGAAAGUAAAUGAAACCGAACGGUAGAGUUAGUGCCCAGCAGCCCAGGCAAUGUGAAUAUCUGCGUAUGCAGGAGUAGCCGUCUCUCAGGGACUUGUUCAUACUGCUAUCUAUUAUGUAUGUCGUCCGUCUUGGUUUUAGGUGGCAGUUUGUCUCCAAAUGUGUUUUUUGAGGGAGAUCGACAUGAUACAAUAAUGUCAGUGAGUGUGUACUCUGUAGAUUGGCGAACUGGCAAGUGCUGCGAAGUUGAGGUGACAUGGAUGUCUUCUUGUUUGUAUUCUAUAUGACGAGGAGCAGUAGAUCUUGUAUAGCAGCUCUAUUGCUUUCUUCAGAUUACCUUGUUGCUCUUGCAAUUUUUCUUCGUAAUGUCAGUGAUUUUUGCAGUAUAAUUAAGUUGGCUGUCUGUAAAGAAUGGCUCCUGAUUUGUCCCCCAAACCUCUGUUGUCUGUAAAUCUUAAUUGAGGAUGAAUGGACAACUGUUUACUCCGCU